AUGUCCCAGACCAAAGCACCGAAGGUCCGCGCGACCCUCUUCUGCAUCCUGGUGGGCGUCGUGCUGGCCAUGGUGGCCGUGGUGACUGACCACUGGGCGGUGCUGAGCCCCGAGGUGGAGCACCACAACGCCACCUGCGAGGCGGCCCACUUCGGCCUCUGGCGGAUCUGCAUCAAGCGUAUUGUCAUGACGGACAGCAAGGACAAGACCUGCGGACCCAUCUCCCUGCCUGGGGAGAAAAACUGUUCCUACUUCAGGCAUUUUAACCCAGGCGAGACCUCGGAGAUCUUCGAAGUCACUACUCAGAAAGAGUACAGCAUCUCGGCUGCCGCCAUCGCCGUCUUCAGCCUCGGCUUCAUCAUCAUGGGGACCAGCUGCGCGCUUCUGUCCUUCAGGAAGAAGCGGGAUUACCUGCUGAGGCCGGCGUCCAUGUUCUACGCGUUCGCAGGUCUGUGCAUCUUCGUGUCGGUGGAGGUCACGCGGCAGUCGGUGAAGCGCAUGAUCGACAGCGAGCACACCGUCUGGAUCGAGUACUACUACUCCUGGUCCUUCGCCUGCGCCUGCUCUGCCUUCAUCCUCCUCUUCCUCGGCGGCCUGGCCCUGCUGCUCUUCUCCCUGCCUCGAAUGCCCCAGAACCCCUGGGAGUCCUGCAUGGACGCCGAGCCCGAGCACUAG